CCAGCUGGAGCCACAGGUUUAUCUGGAGGCAAGGAGUCUGCUCUGUAAGCUGAGACCUAAGAGGAGGAGGGAUCUGCUGGACCCUGGAGGAGAAAGGGUUUAGCUGCCCGGGAGGAACUGAGAGAGGCAGAGCCUGGGCACCAUGGCCGGAUUCUCCACUCUUGGACUCCUCUCCCUGUGUCAGUUUUUAGUCACAGCAUCAGCUCAGUCCCUUCAGAGAGUAGGACCACAAGGCCCUCCUGGACCACGAGGACCCCCUGGACCGUCUGGCAAGGACGGCAUUGAUGGAGAACCAGGCCCUCCUGGUUUGCCAGGCCCACCAGGGCCAAAAGGUGCGCCAGGGAAGCCUGGAGCAGCUGGUGAAGCUGGAUUGCCUGGACUUCCUGGAGUGGAUGGUUUAACAGGAACUGAUGGCCCACCUGGCCCAAAUGGGCCUCCAGGAGACCGUGGUGCAUUAGGACCUGCUGGGCCACCUGGACCAGCUGGCAAAGGACUACCAGGACCUCCAGGACCUCCAGGACCCAGUGGGCUCCCGGGUGGACAUGGAUUUCGGGGUCCUUCUGGACCUUUUGGUCUGCCAGGAUUCCCAGGACCUCCUGGACCACCUGGACCUCCUGGUCUUCCAGGCACCCUUCCUGACGGCGGUGGGGACCUUCAGUGCCCAGCUCUGUGCCCACCGGGUCCCCCAGGUCCCCCGGGAAUGCCGGGGUUCAAGGGACACACUGGUCACAAAGGGGAACCUGGUGAAAUAGGAAAACAAGGAGAGAAGGGUAACCCUGGCCCUCCCGGUCCUCCAGGCAUUCCUGGCAGUGUUGGCCUGCAGGGCCCGAGGGGACUAAGAGGCCUCCCUGGUCCAAUGGGUCCAGCUGGUGACAGAGGUGACAUUGGUUUCAGAGGCCCACCUGGAAUCCCAGGACCUCCAGGGAAAGCUGGAGAACAAGGAAGCAAAGGACCUCAGGGAUUCCGGGGGCCCAAAGGAGAUACUGGUAAAGCUGGACCAAAAGGAAACCCAGGAGCUCGUGGACUCAUAGGAGAACCUGGCAUUCCUGGCAAGGAUGGGCGGGAUGGAGCUCCUGGACUCGAUGGUGAGAAGGGUGAUGCAGCUCCAAUGGGUGCUCCUGGAGAGAAGGGGCCAAACGGACUUCCUGGACUGCCUGGAAGAGCAGGUAUUAAAGGCUCAAAGGGUGAACCAGGCAGUCCUGGAGAGAUGGGAGAGGCAGGUCCCUCAGGAGAGCCAGGCAUCCCUGGCGAUGUUGGUGUUCCUGGUGAGAGAGGGCUGCCAGGACCCAGAGGAGCAACUGGACCACUCGGUCUCCAAGGCCCCAUAGGAGCCCGUGGUGUCCGAGGUUUCCAGGGUCCCAAAGGUGCCAGUGGUGAACCUGGCCUUCCUGGUCCAACUGGAAUCCGUGGAGAGGCAGGUGACAGGGGUCCUGUUGGUGUUCCUGGUCCCAAAGGUAACCAGGGCAUUGCUGGAGCCGAUGGCCUCCCAGGUGACAAAGGAGAGCUGGGUCCCUUUGGUCCCCCUGGCCAAAAAGGAGAGCCAGGAAAAAGAGGAGAACUUGGUCCAAAAGGUGCCCAAGGACCUAAUGGGACAGCUGGAGCACCAGGAAUCCCAGGACAUCCGGGGCCCAUGGGCCAUCAGGGGGUGCAGGGUGUUCCUGGCAUCACGGGAAAACCUGGACCUCCUGGCAAAGAGGCCAGUGAACAACAUAUCAGAGAACUCUGCGGGGAAAUGAUAAAUGAGCAAAUUGCACAGUUAGCUGCUAAUCUGAGGAAGCCCUUGUCCCCUGGAAUGACGGGUCGGCCUGGCCCAGCCGGGCCCCCAGGUCCUCCUGGAGCAAUGGGAAGUGUUGGGCAUCCUGGUCCUCGUGGUCCCCCUGGAUACAGAGGGCCAACAGGAGAGCUGGGAGAUCCUGGUCCCAGAGGUGACACUGGUGAAAAGGGAGAUAAAGGACCUGUUGGUCAAGGUAUUGAUGGGCCUGAUGGUGAUCAAGGACUUCAAGGUAAGGCUGUGCAAAUGAUUUAACACUCCAUCACUAAAGCAGAGGCUUAAGAAUCACAGACUGUUCUGAGUUGGAAGGGAUUCACAAGGAUCAUCGAGUC